AUGGCUGACAACAAGGACGUGAUUGAAGAUGAUAAAAACAAGGAUGAAAAGAAUAUCAAAGCUGGCGAGGAGGACGAUGAUCUCGAAGACAACGAUGAUCUCGAAUAUAUGUUGUAUCACACAAAGAGGAUUCCGUUAGACUCUGAGCCGGAAAAUUCGGAUGAAUCAGAUAGCGACUCGGACGAGACAGAUUCCGACUCAACGAUUAAUUUACUGGCGUUGGUUGAAAGACUUCAUUAUCAGAGUUUAACGGACAUCCCCUCUUUGACUAGGGUCCUGUUCACAAUAGGCCCGGAUGUCCCACUUGACGAGGAAAACCGCGCUCACGCAACCCUCACCUGGGCCUUGCCGAUCGAGGAUACUGUUCGAACUACUUAA